AUGAAACCUUUCUAUCGGUCGAUCUUUUUUAGCUCUCAGUCAGAUUCUCUUUCUAUUUACAUGAAAAGGAAAAAUAUCCACCUCUCUCUCUCUCUCUCUCUCUCUCUCUCUUUUACGUCCAUUCCUUCUCUCUCUUCUUUCUCCCUUCCUACCCUUCAAUACAUUCCCUCCCUUAUUAUCUCAUUGAAACCUUUCUAUCGCUCUCAGUCAGAUUCUCUUUCUAUUUACAUGAAAAGGAGAAAAUAUCCACUCUCUCUCUCUCUCUCUCUCUCUCUCUCUCUCUUUCAUAACGUCCAUUCCUUCUCUCUCUUCUUUCUCCCUUCCUACCCUUCAAUACAUUCCCUCCCUUAUUAUCUCAUGAAACCUUUCUAUCGGUCGAUCUUUUUAGCUCUCAUCAGAUUCUCUUUCUAUUUACAUGAAAAGGAGAAAAUAUCCACCUCUCUCUCUCUCUCUCUCUCUCUCUCUCUCUUUCAUAACGUCCAUUCCUUCUCUCUCUUCUUUCUCCUUCCUGCCCUUCAAUACAUUUCCCUCCUUAUUAUCUCUCUUGAAACCUUUCUAUCGGAAAAAUAUCCACCUCUCUCUCUCUCUCUCUCUCUCUCUUUUCAUAACGUCCAUUCCUUCUCUCUCUUCUUUCUCCCUUCCUACCCUUCAAUACAUUCCCUCCCUUAUUAUCUCAUGAAACCUUUCUAUCGGUCGAUCUUUUUUAGCUCUCAGUCAGAUUCUCUUUCUAUUUACAUGAAAAGGAAAAAAAUCCACCCUCUCUCUCUCUCUCUCUCUCUCUUCUCUUUCAUAACAUUCUCUUUCUAUUUACAUGAAAAGGAGAAAAUAUCCUCUCUCUCUCUCUCUCUCUCUCUCUCUUUUCAUAACGUCCAUUCCUUCUCUCUCUUCUUUCUCCUUCCUACCCUUCAAUACAUUCCCUCCCUUAUUAUCUCCUUGAAACCUUUCUAUCGGACGAUCUUUUUUGGCUCUCAGUCAGAUUCUCUUUCUAUUUACAUGAAAAGGAAAAAUAUCCACUCUCUCUCUCUCUCUCUCUCUCUCUCUUUUUAUAACGUCCAUUCCUUCUCUCUCUUUUUCUCCUUCCUACCCUUCAAUACAUUCCUCCCUUAUUAUCUCAUGAAACCUUUCUAUCGGAGAAAAUAUCCACUCUCUCUCUCUCUCUCUCUCUCUCUCUCUUUUAUAACGUCCAUUCCUUCUCUCUCUUCUUUCUCCUUCCUCCCUUCAAUACAUUUCCCUCCUUAUUAUCUCCUUGAAACCUUUCUAUCGGACGAUCUUUUUAGCUCUCAGUCUUCUCUUUCUAUUUACAUGAAAAGGAAAAUAUCCACCCUCUCUCUCUCUCUCUCUCUCUCUCUUUUAUCUUCCAUUCCUUCCUUCUCUCUCUUCUUUCUCCUUCCUACCCUUCAAUACAUUCCCUCCUUAUUAUCUCUUUUCUAUCGGUCGAUCUUUUUAGCUCUCAUCAGAUUCUCUUUCUAUUUACAUGAAAAGGAGAAAAUAUCCACUCUCUCUCUCUCUCUCUCUCUCUUUUUCAUAACGUCCAUUCCUUCUCUCUCUUCUUUCUCCCUUCCUACCCUUCAAUACAUUCCCUCCUUAUUAUCUCAUGAAACCUUUCUAUCGGACGAUCUUUUUCUCUCUCAGAUCUUUUUGCUUUCUCUCUCUCUCUCUCUCUUUCUCUCUUCCUUCUCUCUUUCUUUCUCCUUCCUACCCUUCAAUACAUUCCCUCCUUAUUAUCUCAUGAAACCUUUCUAUCGGAGAAAAUAUCCACCCUCUCUCUCUCUCUCUCUCUCUCUCUUUCAUAACGUCCAUUCCUUCUCUCUCUUCUUUCUCCCUUCCUACCCUUCAAUACAUUCCCUCCCUUAUUAUCUCAUGAAACCUUUCUAUCGAAAAUAUCCACUCUCUCUCUCUCUCUCUCUCUCUCUCUUUCAUAACGUCCAUUCCUUCUCUCUCUUCUUUCUCCUUCCCUACCCUUCAAUACAUUUCCUCCCUUAUUAUCUCAUGAAACCUUUCUAUCGGUCGAUCUUUUUUGGCUCUCAGUCAGAUUCUCUUUCUAUUUACAUGAAAAGGAGAAAAUAUCCUCUCUCUCUCUCUCUCUCUCUCUCUCUCUCCUUUCAUAACGUCCAUUCCUUCUCUCUCUUUUUCUCUCCUUCCUCUCUUUCUCCCCUUCAAUACAUUCCUCCUUAUUAUCUCAUGAAACCUUUCUAUCGGUCGAUCUUUUUUAGCUCUCAGUCAGAUUCUCUUUCUAUUUACAUGAAAAGGAAAAAUAUCCACCUCUCUCUCUCUCUCUCUCUCUCUCUUUCAUAA